CUUCAAGCUCCACAAUAUUCAGCUCUUAUCCCUGAUCGAAGUUGUCCGCGCGCACUGGGACAGCAUGCGGAACGACUUCCUGGCGAAUGGUGAUAUCAAAUGCAAAAAUGUUUGGGUCUGGAAGAAUGCCAGACUUGUCAUGCAGGUUUUCCAUGACCCAUGAGGUCCUCUGGCAUGUAGGACAUAGCAUGACAGAUUCUGUGAGAGUUCCAUCAUGCCUAUCCUGCAUGAGAAACUGCCUCUCGAUUAGGUCAAAAGUGGACAGCUUUUGGCAAGCAUGCAAGACAGAUUUUAUACAUCAUUCAGAUUUAGCAUGACAAGUUGCUUUGAUCCAGACCCAGACACUUUUGCUAAUGAUAGGUGAGCAGUUUGUAUUGAACGAUGCGACGCCCCUGUUUGAGCGGAAAAGCCUGCUGCAGCUUUUGACAGGAACGACGGGAGGAGUUCUGUCUUCAGCUGGAACUUCUACUGCCAUGAAUGCGCAGC